UAUUGAUUGGAUUAAUGUGGUUGAUGUGCGCAUUAUAAAAAUCCUUUAAAAAUGUUUUCACUGAAUGUGCUUUCAAAUAACAUAAAUUAAUAAUGUAAAUAAUGACAACGUCAGUUAAGACCGACUCCUGCAGCGAACGCGUCGUUAACAAAACGACAAAGUGCCCCAUUUACGUCAAACCCUAACUGUCAAUUGUAUAUAACCUAAAAUGACUCCAAAUUGACAGAUUUUAUCCAAAUCGCGUCGAAAAUGGAUCAACCCCAGUAUUUCCUUUAACCAGUUUUCACCGUAAGUACCCCUUCGACAUCCACUUCGCGCGUACCUAGCCCUCUGUAGGUACAAAUCAGUCAUGUCGAAGACUUGUCAGUAGACAAGAAUGGGGGGCUCAGUGAGUCAAGUGUUCCAGUCAGGAAGUGCACUGCUGUCGAACGGUCACGGCCACAAAGUUUCCGAUUCGACGAGACAAAAGGUACAAACUAUAUUCGAUGCUUUUAGAGCAAACCCAAAGAUUGGAGUACAAAGAUUAGAGGGACUUUUACAACAAAUACCAAAAAAUGAGAAUAUUUUGGCGAUACAUGACGAAGCGGGCUACAACCUGCUUCAGAAGUGUGUAGGUGCAAACAAUGUGGAGCUAGUGCGGUGGCUGUUGGCUCGACACACCGCUGCUGAUGUCAAUAGAUUUCCUUGUAGUCUUCCGCUUCAUAUAGCUUGCUUGAAAGGACAUGAUGAAUGUGUGGAUUUAUUGCUGAAACAUGGAGCUAAGGUGGAUGUGGAGGCGCGGAUGUGCUGGCCGGGGGCUCAUAGCAGCAACUGUGAGGAGAGGGGAAAGUACUCGUCAGCCAUUCAGCAAGAAGAAGCCUGCAUAGAACGCGACAGUCGCGACCGUCCUUCCAGCAAACUUCAAUCGGCAAUCUAUUACGCUUUAGACGGCGACCAAGUCACCAUUCUCACCACGCUGGCGCAACGAAGCGAGGAUCCAUGGAACGGCAUUUUCCGGGCUCGGAAGCCUCUGCUCCACGCGGCAUGCGAACGUGGUGCUUGGCGCUGCACUCAAUUCUUAGUUACCGAAAGGACUGACGAAAUCCAUAUUCUAAAGGAUGAAUACUAUCCAAUACACUACGCUGUACUUCAUGAUAGCAAGUUUCUAGAACUUUUAAUAAGUGCCGGUGCGGACACGACGGUUCGGACGUGCACCCAGCAGAUGACGCUGCUGCAUGUCGUUCUUCUUGUUGCCCACAAGUCGGCGGAAGACACGGUUUCUACGAUUCGGCUGCUCCUGGAUCACGGGUGUAAGGAGCUGAUAAACACACCUGAUAGUUUAGGAAAUACACCUUUACAUGCGCUUAUAGUCAGAUACGCUUUAGAGGAGGCCCAGUACGGGUACGACAAGUGGAAUAAAUGGGACGUGCUGCAUUUGGUUAGGUAUUUGAUACAGAGUGGAGCUCGACAGAGUAUUAAUCAUGCAGGGAAUUCGGCCGUCGCGUGCGUUUUGAGGCAUGUGAGGGACUGGGAUGUUUGCUACGAGUUACUCAAUAUGUUGCUGCACGAGGGGGGCGACCCAAACAUGGUGGGCAGGGACGGUUCAGUGCCUUUAAUGGUCUGCUUAGUUCCCCUAAUAAACAAAGACCCGCUCCACCACUUCACCCACAGCAUGAAGGUUUGUUACUUAAACUGCAUCCGAAUUUUGCUGAAAGAGGGCGCUAAUCCGAACUGCAGCUACCGAGCGAACUUAACUCCCCUCCACGUGUUGGUCUUCACCGUUUCGGAAAACAUAACUCUGAACUGCGACGUUCAGAAGGAGCUCAACUUCGAGUUUAUAAAAAAUUUGCUAGUCCUGCUGCUGACACACGGGCUGGAUCCGAACGUCAGAGUGAGCAAUAGGACCCAGCAUAUCCUGCAGUCGUGUAUGGACAUGAUCCAGAAUGUUCGUGAUUGCAAGGACAUCCACUACGUUUAUGAUCUUACGCUUACUUUGGUACAAUACGGGGCGAAUCCCGACCUGAGCUUGAACAUGUCUGAAGCAAUAAAGAACCAUCCGUUGCACCUCCAGUCCAUUUGGAAAACCAAGAACUACAUCCUCUACUACUAUAUAAUGCUGAUAUCGAGGAAAGAGAAUCUCAUAAUGGACCCCAACAUGAGUUUUUCUAAGAUCAUCAUGUUGUUCUACUUGAUAAUGCAGCACAAGCCGCUAUUCGAGUGCUUGAAGAUCCUGCACACCCAGCAGUUGAGUUUGGUGCCCGGAAAAAUGACUGAACCGUUAACUUGUAUCAUUAGAGAUUUAUAUAAAAGACCCAGAAGUCUGAAACAGAUCUGCCGCGUUAAAAUACACAACUGUCUCGGCCGAAGGCCGGGACUAUACAUUAACAAACUGAAUCUGCCCAAUCAGCUUAAAGAUUAUUUGUUGAAUUUUGAACCGUAGAUCGAGGUACGUUGAAGACGUUCAGGAUUUCUUCUAAUAUCUGUAAGUGAAAAAUACGAUUCGCCGGCCAUUUGCGCGUUUUUAUUCGUUUAUUCAAACUGAUGAGUUGAGCGUGGGAAAUCCGCAGCAUCUACACGGUUAUGUCGGUGACGAUGAUAGGUGCUGAUGGAUUUUUUUCAUGUGCGGUUGCGGUCUAUUUUGAUGGAGUUAUUGUCAAACAAUCCUCUAUAGAAGUUUUAUUUUAAUUUUUGACACCAGUGUUGGAAUUUAUAGCCCGUUUCUAGUCCGUUUUUAAAGCUUUACGAUUUCGAAAAUAUACAAAAAUGUAUAUAAAAAAAAUUUAAGUUGUGUUUACCAAAAAAAAUGGUAAAAUUUUAUUUAAUAUUUAAAUGACGCUUGAAGCGUUUUUUGUUGAUGAUUUUAAAGAAAGUCUGUUUUACUAAAAGUAGUUUGAAAAAGAAGUCUAGACGAAUUCAGUCCAUGACAACCACUUCUCUUUUGUUUUUUGAAGAAGGUGCCGAUUUGCCCUACGUAUUGUCCAAUACUCAAGUUUAAGUCAAUUAACCGACGCCCCACCGUUUCUUUGAGAGUGCAGUUCCGUUCACAAUCCUUGUCGCUCAAAUUACGCUUCGUCGUGACCCGAACUGUACCGCCCGUCUGUGAUAUCGAAAAAAAUCUUGAACGUUCUUCAAUUGUUGCUAGUUUUUAAGGGAGAUAAUAUACUUGUGAUUUCUUGUUAAAAUUUCUAAAUUUUAGUAAUUAUAAGUGUCGGAAUUCAGUUGAACGGUACAUUUGGAGCGACUAAAGCAAGGAUGUUGUAGAACUACGACUUAUGAUAUCUUAAUACGCUUUUGAGCUGUGUUCGUGUCGAACAGGGUUUUGUGCAGAUUAGACAGGUUUCCGAAUUUUUACCUUUGAUCAUCACUCGUUGCCUCCUGAGUUUAACACACAGUUUACCAGAAGCACGGAUAAAUGUGUUCUUGCAGCGCGUGUCCAAAACGGAUUUCUGUUACUACUCGUUUUUCUUUGACAAUAAGUAAAGUAAGCUUGGUUUGUCUUAGAAAUCUGGCAAAGUCCUAUGCUAUACAAAAUAUCAGCUCUGUAAAUUUUAAUAUAUAUGCCAAAUAUUAUUAAGUAAGAGCUAAGUAUAAUAUAUGAAUUGUAUAGUAUAUUUUAUGUUAAGAUUUAAGAUUAUGUGAUUUUAUUGUUGGCAUAUUGGUAUCAUAUUUGGAUAAAAAGUAUUUAAUAAAAAAAUGUCUAUAUUGA